CGAAAUCCUUGCUCCUUUUGUUGUUCCAUAUCUUGCACAACAUCCGCAUAUGGCCUUUCAACACGACAAGGCACGUCCGUAUGAUGUUCGAGUGUAUGCAGACUUUCUGAAUCAAAAUCACGUGGACGUAUUGCCCUGGCCAGCGGUGUCACCGGAUCUCAAUCCCAUAGAACACCUAUGGGAUGAACAUGGUAGACGAGUUCACUUGCGAAAUCUUCAGCCAGUAAACACUCAGCAGCUGCAGCAGGCCAAGUUGUGCAGGGAUGGAACAAUGUGUUAGUUAUGUUGGUGAACAGGCUUAUUGAGUCUGCGAGACGACGGUGUCAAGCCUGCUUUGACGCCCGCGGUGGUCAUUCCUCCUUCUGACCUGCGAGGACAUUUAACAUUGUGUUAGUCGUUGCAACUGACUGUGAUUAGGAUUGGUUUUAGGCAUAGGCGUACGGGCUCCCUUUUUUUUCUUCUUUUUUUUCUUUCUUUUUUUUUUCGGAGGGGCAAGCUGGGUUUUGUCCGAACUGACGCAAAUACCUGAAUUUGGCUAACAACAUUUAUUGAUAUUAAUAACAUUACUACCAAACAGCUAUAUAUAGGGUUGCAAACAAAUCAGUACGCAUUUUUAUAUGGAUUACAUCUAAUUUUGAGGGAAGAAUAAUGGAAAUACAUGGUAAAAAGGUAUUAAGUUAACACAUUUUUCCCGAAUAUCUCUAUCGUUUUUGCCCGAAUUUGAGGUUUUGCUGUCUCAGACGCUUAUGGUUUUAUGAGGUAGUGGUGCUGAUGGUCAAUGUGAGGUGAAUGCGAGGUCAGCAUAGAUACGCAAUGUCACAUUUAAUUACAAAACCUGUGUAAUGGUGCAUAGAUUUACCGAAACUUAUCAAACUUUCAUCAAUGAAGAAUGAUGAUUUUUGGAGAGAUGGGGGGCUCAAUCUCUAAUGGAUUGGGGUGCACUAGCCCAAGUACUCUGCCCUUCGAGAUCUAGACGGACACUUGGACGGUUAUGGUCGCUCUCUGCCGUCAGAAAUAACUGGUAUCCUUACUUGUUUCGUGAAAUAAAUGGUAUUGCGUGUAUACUUGUAUAUACAACAAAACACAGUUUUAAGAUUCUGUUUAAUGGGCAUAGAUCGUGUUUUGGUGGAAGAACUACUGUCACAUUGAUGAGUUAUAUUCAUAUCAGUAUACCUUCACUGCUAAGUUGAAGUUCUCCAAAAUUUGGAAAUGAGCUCUUCACAUAUUUGGCUCUCAUGUGUAACUAUGUCUAAUUUGAAUUAUCUCCCUUAGAACACAAACAAAAUGAUGUUUCAACUCUUAUGCGCAAUGUUUACAUCAAUUUUUGCUGAUUGAACUGAUUCAAUUGUGCCUUAUUUGCUUGCUUCACAAUGUUUGGACUGGUUGUAGCCGGAAGACUUGUCCAGACCGAUGUGAAUCAAAUCUCAGAGACGGAGUUCCUCUUCAACAUCCCCGAUGCUGACAACAUCAACCACGUAGUCAUCUUCAUGACGGGUCAAGCCCCGUUCCCACAGGAACUGGGAGGAGCUGUGUAUUUCUCAUGGCCUAGUCCGGAGGGUUCCUCCUGGUUACUGCUGGGACACAUCACAAACUCCAAACCCAGCGCCAUAUUCAAGAUCUCAAAAUUGAAACCAGCUGACAGCAAACUCCAACAGAAUCUGUUUGGCCAGCAGCCGUCGCACCUGGCUCAGAUAGGCAUAUCCGUGGAGCCCCUCUCUCAGCUUGCUCAACAAACCCCCACAACGCUGGCGGCAACGUCGACGCUGGAGCCCUUCCUGGAGUUUUCUCAGAAAAUGUUGGAGAACUUUGUCAACUACUGUUCGUCUUUUACGAUCAACCAGUCACAGAUGGCGCCCAACCCCACUGAGACGUACAUUCCUCUCAGCACACUACAGACAUGGUUCCAGAACUUUCAGAGACGCCUGCAACAAAACCCCUAUUUCUGGAGAUCGUAAUGUAGUCCAUUCUUCUGUUGAUAAUCACACAACCCAUGUUUCUGGCGAUUGUAGUAAUCAUCACAGGGAAUGUUUCUGUUAAUUAUAACAUAAUCUGUACUUCUGUUGAUAAUCAUACGACCCAUGUUUCUGUUAAUUAUAACAUAAUCUGUACUUCUGUUGAUAAUCAUACAACCCAUGUUUCUGGUGAUUGUGAAAAAUCUCUUAUUUGUAGUAAUAAUCACGGGGAAUGUUUCUGUUAAUUGUAACAUAAUCUGUACUUCUGUUGAUAAUCAUACAACCCAUGUUUCUGGCGAUUGUGAAACAUCUCAUAUUUGUAGUAAUCAUCAUGGGGAAUGUUUCUGUUAAUUAUAACAUAAUCUGUACUUCUGUUGAUAAUCAUACGACCCAUGUUUCUGUUAAUUAUAACAUAAUCUGUACUUCUGUUGAUAAUCAUACAACCCAUGUUUCUGGUGAUUGUGAAAAAUCUCUUAUUUGUAGUAAUCAUCACGGGGAAUGUUUCUGUUAAUUAUAACAUAAUCUGUACUUCUGUUGAUAAUCAUACAACCCAUGUUUCUGGCGAUUGUGAAACAUCUCAUAUUUGUAGUAAUCAUCACGGGGAAUGUUUCUGUUAAUUAUAACAUAAUCUGUACUUCUGUUGAUAAUCAUACAACCCAUGUUUCUGUUAAUUAUAACAUAAUCUGUACUUCUGUUGAUAAUCAUACAACCCAUGUUUCUGUUAAUUAUAACAUAAUCUGUACUUCUGUUGAUAAUCAUACAACCCAUGUUUCUGUUAAUUAUAGUAUAAUCUGUAUUUCUGUUGAUAAUCAUACAACCCAUGUUUCUGGUGAUUGUGAAACAUCUCAUAUUUCUAGUACUCAUCACGGGGAAUGUUUCUGUCAAUUAUAAUAUAAUCUGUACUUCUGUUGAUAAUCAUACAACUCAUGUUUCAUCUCUGUUUGUUCGUCUGUCCGACUAGUGGUUUUUUGGAUGUAGAUGCCUUAAGAUAUUGAGCUGCAAUUAUAGCUGUGUAUAGCUUUAUCAUAUAUCAUUACAGAUCAAGUUUGACUUUCGAGAUGAUUUACCCAUUUUGACAGAGUUAUGGCCCUUGAGAUUUAGAAAUGUUUUUUUUCAUGCUUUUUGUCCCCCAAUGCCUCCAACUAACUGAGCUGAAAUUUUGUGUAUGGCUUUACAGUGGACUAUUACAGAUCAAGUUUGACUUUCAUGAUUUACCAAUUCUUGAUUGGCCCUUGAACUUAGGAUAUACGAAAAACUAAAUUGCUAAGUUUUUUUGUGUGCAAUGCCUCAAGAUAUUGAGCUGAAAUUUUGUGUGUAACUUUAUCACUUUCUGUUAAGAAUUAAGUUUGACUUUUAUGGCAAUUUAGCCAUUUAUGACAGAGUUAUGGCAGUUGAACUUAGGAAAUAUGAUAAUUUGUUUUUUGGCCUCUUUUGGGGGGUUUUCAGUGCCUAUAAAUAUUGAGAUGAAUUUUUGUAUAUUGCUUUAUUUUUUACUGUUACAGUUUAAGUAACUUUCGUGGUGAUUUACCCAAUUUUUUUACAGAGUUAUGGCCCUUGAAGUGAGGAGAUACUAAAAUGUGUUAGGCUCGGUAGGGGAUAUGCCUUGGUUUAGCAGAACUGUCUUCUUGUUUCUAGUAAUCAUCAUACAGAUCAUAUUUUUAUUUAUGUAAAACCAUAUUUCUAAUAGUUGUAGCAAAUCAUUCUGGUGAUUGUGUAUUAUCUUUGUUUUAGACAAUCUUAAUUAUUGAUAGAUUCAUUAAAACAUAUUUUAAACUGCAGGUUUUACAAUUCACUAUCCUUCACUCAUGAUACAAAUGUCAAUGAUAAUGUAUGGAUAGAUAUAAAGGCGUCUCCAUACAGUGGCGUAGGAAGGUGCCAAAAAGUGGGGGGGGGGGGCACACUUUUAUAUUUACACACUUUUACACUAUUACAUUUAUAAAGCAAAUAUAAAGCAAAAUAUCUGAAAAGUGGGGGCACAUGUCCCCCUUGCUCCCCCACUUCCUACGUCAGUGCCACAUGAUACAAGUAUUCUGAAUUGUCAAACAUGAUGAUUCAGCAAAGUGUAUUUGAAAGGUUCAUUUUCAAAAUGCUAUAUAUCCAUUUAUAAUCCAAUCUGUUUCUAUUUGAUUAUGAUGACCCAGUUAAAAAGCAAAAGUCAUAAAUGUAUACCAGCAGAUUAUGACUUUUGAUGUCACGCUUGUGAUGUCACACGCAUAGCUACAUUACAAAAUCGCUCAUUUGAAUUCUAGGUACAAUGUAGCUCGAAAUAAAAUAAAUCAUAGCUUUUCCCCUUAAUUUUAUGGACUGCAGGAUAAAUAAUAAUAGCUCUACAAGCCUCGCAGAAUUCUCUAUUCUUACCUUCGCAGGAUAAAACUGAUAUCCUAUGUCAUUAACUAGUUAUUUUCUAUUCUUACCUUCGCAGGAUAAAACUGAUAUCCUAUGUCAUUAACUAGUUAUUCUCUAUUCUUACCU